CGUGUAAAUUGGUUUUUGGGAAGACCGAGGAGAAGAGACUACAGGGAUAAUCUAAAGGGCGACGACAACAACAAUGGCUUUCUCUCCUAAUCCUCUCUCUCUGAGCGUCCCCGAUCCUGCUUUCGAGUCUUGGCUCCGAGACUCCGGCUACCUCGAGCUCCUCGAUCAUCGCACAUCCGCCGCCGCUUCCUCCUCUGCAUCCGUACCAUCCUCAGCUGCCGCAACUUCCUCUGCCUCCGACGAUAUCGUUUCCUCCAUUACAGCUGGUUUCUUCGCUUCUCUCUUGUCUCGGCUCGUCACUGUCUCUUCUCUUCUGACUAUCAACCCUUUCUCCAAGCUCUCCGCCGAUGACUUUUCCGGAGAUACGCCUCCGUGGACCACUGGUUUCUUUGGCAAUUGCGACUCCUAUUCGUUCCCGUCGUCUUCUCAGCAAGCGAGGAUGAGAGUCCAUGAGAAUAUCAAACGAUUCGCGAGGAACUACGCUACGCUCUUCAUUGUCUUCUUCGCUUGUGCUCUGUAUCAGAUGCCACUUGCAUUGGUGGGGUUGUUAGCAAGCUUAGCACUUUGGGAGCUGUUCAAGUUCUGCAGUGAUAGAUGGAAAUUUGAUCGUCACCCUUCCAUGAGGAAAUUCUCAAUCGGUAUUGGCCAAUGUGCGACUGCAGUUCUUCUGACGUUUUUGAAUGUCCAAAUGGCUCUUUUCUCUGCUCUUGCGAUCAGUUAUUCAGUUAUGAUAUUGCAUGCUGGAUUCAGGAAGCUCACGCCAUCCAAGAAACCGUCUCGAGGAAGAUAACCCGCAUCCACGAGAGUUUUGGAUUUUGUUGUGCGAUUCAUCUGCAGUUUUGGAAAUCAAGCGAUGUAGUGUUGCGUAGCUUAAAACUCAAGACAGAGGCAGACUGCUAUUUACAACAAUAGCAGCUAGAUGGUAGAUUAAGAAAGUGUGAAUGUUAGACCAUCUUGAAACAAAAACAAAACAAAAAAUCACACAUUGUAGUAAAUAAAGGGAAAAUAUAUGAAUGGUGUGUACUUA